GGUAGGUUGGAGGUAACCCUACGGAUAAAAACCUGGUGAUGUAUCUCCCUCUAUCUCAUUCUCUGUCACACACACUUCUGCCUCACACACACACACAGAGACACACACAGGAGGCGGUUCUCUCCCUCUCCAUCAGAAACAACUGACAGCCAGCCAGGAGAACUGCAUCCUCUGGUUUGGUAGUUAUAGCCGCAGCGUAUACAGCUACUAGCCUCCUCUACUGCCUGCUUACAUCUGUCAGCUGGCCGCCCGAUACGUGGAUCCUUUUGUGUCCGACUCCCAUUGUGCCAUCUAUUGUGGGGGCUAAAGGAAACUGCCACCAGUUGACAUGACGAAAGAACACAGGGGCUGGGACCUCAAAGGCUUGCUGAAGAGGAACUGGCUGCUGAUUGCGACCAUUGUGUCGGUGCUGUUAGGGAUAGGCCUUGGGGUGGUGGUCAGGGAAUAUGCCUCUCUCUCCCACCUCGAAAAGCAGUAUUUUGGAUUCCCGGGAGAUAUCCUGAUGCGGAUGCUCAAGCUGGUCAUCCUACCCCUCAUCAUCUCUAGCAUGAUAACCGGAGUGGCCGCCCUGGAUUCGGAUGUUUCCGGAAAGAUAGGUUUGAGGGCUGUGGUUUAUUACUUGUCCACCACCAUCAUUGCAGUCAUUCUGGGUAUUGCGUUGGUGAUAACCAUCAAACCUGGCGUCUCUCAGGAGGCAGAACACAUCGACAGGACAGAGAUCACAGAAAACGUCAACACAGUCGACACGCUACUGGAUCUUGUCAGAAACAUGUUUCCUGAAAACAUAGUACAGGCUUGUUUCCAACAGUACAAGACAAUGCGCAAAGAGUUGGAACCCUCUAAAGUGAAGGUGAACACUACAACUACAAUGUUCCCUCCUCUCUCUACCACUGUCAUGGCAACCAUUUUCCCCCCAGAGAACAUCACCAAGGACUAUAUGAUAGUCGGGUCAUAUUCUGAUGGGAUCAACGUGCUGGGUCUCAUCGUGUUCUGUGUGGCGUUCGGCCUCGUCAUCGGCAAGAUGGGUGAAAGGGGACGCAUCCUGCUGGAGUUCUUUGAUGCUUUAAACGAGGCCACCAUGAGGCUAGUCCAGAUUAUCAUGUGCUACAUGCCAGUGGGGAUACUCUUCCUCAUCGCUGCCAAGAUCAUUGAGGUAGAAGACUGGGAGAUCUUCAGGAAGUUGGGCCUGUACAUGGUGACAGUGUUGAGUGGCCUAGCUAUCCACUCUACCAUUUUUCUGCCGCUGAUCUACUUUGUCAUCGUGAGGAAGAACCCGUAUACCUUUGCCUUGGGGAUGGCCCAGGCACUGGUCACUGCUCUUAUGAUCUCUUCCAGCUCUGCCACCCUGCCUGUCACCUUCCGCUGUGCCGAAGAGAACCUCCGGAUCGACAAGAGGAUCACCCGCUUCGUGUUGCCCGUGGGCGCCACCAUCAACAUGGACGGUACGGCUCUCUACGAGGCGGUCGCUGCCAUCUUCAUUGCCCAGCUCAACGACUACGAUCUUGAUGUGGGUCAGAUUGUCACCAUCAGUAUAACAGCAACUGUAGCCAGCAUCGGAGCCGCCGGUGUACCUAACGCUGGCUUUGUUACCAUGGUGAUUGUUCUGACUGCCGUUGGACUACCGGCAAAUGAUGUCACUUUAAUUAUUGCUGUGGAUUGGCUGCUAGACCGCUUCCGCACCAUGAUCAACGUGCUGGGGGAUGCCUAUGGAGCUGGCAUCGUCCAGAAGCUGUCCAUGCGGGAGCUGGAGAGGAUGGACGUCACCUCGGACGUGACCAACCCCUUCGCCCCGGAGACCAGGCUGGAUGACGAGGAGUGUGACAAGAAGUCCUACGUCAACGGUGGCUUCACCAUCGACAAAACCGACGCCAUCUCCUUCACCGAGAUCUCCCAGUUUUAGGAGGAAAGGGAGGGGGGGGGUGGGGAGCAAAGAAGUGCCAUUGCUGCUAGAUGUUUAGCCUGGUGGUUCCGUCCUGUUUGUAGCUUGGUUCUAGAUCUGUUUGUGCUGUCUUGCCAACACCAAUGUUCAUUGUCACGUCUAGCACAAACAGAUCUGCGACCAACAUUUCCUGUUGCUGCAGGAUUAUUGCUGCAGGAUUAUUUUCCUGCUGUAGCACACUGGCUCAAAUUAAGAUCCUACAUCUGUAGCAAUAUCAGCCACCACCAUCUGUUCACUCUUGAUGCUCUUUCCAGCACUGUCCCCGAUUAUCAGCGGAAAUCCUCAGCAGCCCUUAAAAUGAGCUCUGCUGUAUUUGAAAUGGCACCCUAUUCCCUAACUAGGCCCUGGUCUAAAGUAGUGCACUAUGUAGGGAAUAGGGUGCAUGCCCU